AUGUUGCAAUUAGCCACCCUACUAUUAUUCACCACCGCUACAUCAGCAAACCUAUUUGAUUUCAUCAACCAUCAAUUCGGUGGAGCAACACAACACGCACAAGGUGUCAAAAACCCACAAGAUUAUGAGAACCUAAUGCUUAACACACAAUGUAACAAAUAUUUAUGCCCUGAUACCGGAAUUUGUGUCGAUGCCCCAAAAUUCUGUCCUUGCCCGUAUCCAUCGUCCCAAUUGAGAUGCUUUUUGCCCGAUGGAAGAUACAUUUGUAUAUCGAAGCCAGCAGGAGAAGGUAUUUCGGAAAAGUAUGAUGAUCCUAAGACAAACUUCAAAAUAGAUGCUAAAGAUGACAACAUACGUGAUUGUGGAUGGAUUAGUAGAGCAUGGAGAGGGUUGUGA